AUGCAUCUUGUGAUAUUUGUCUUACUAUUAAUAUCAUGUGCAUAUGAUAUAAAAGUUUCCAUAGAUCAAAUAAAAGGACAAUAUAAUAUUAGUAUUGAUAAUCAAAUAUGGUUUCGUUCAUCUCGUACUGCUCUAUAUGUUAAUGAUCGUUGGUAUUUAUCGAAUGAUAGUACUCUUCCUUUAAUCGAUACACGUUUUGUACAAGGUAAUGAUCCAAAUUUAGGUAAUUGGAAUGAAACUCAAUUGAUUUAUAUUUUAAAUCGUAAUGGAAUAAUUAGUAAUAUAACUGGACGUAUUCGUCAAUGGAAUUCUCAAUCAGCACUAACAUUUCAUUUAGAUACUGGUGAUAAAAUUUUAAUGAAUAAUAAACUUCUUGAUAAAAAUCAAAUUCGAACAAUAUUUCCUUCAUUUAAUAUUGAACAAAUUGAUGGAAAUGAUAAUCGAGGUUAUUUUACAUUUCAAGGUGUCAUGAUGGAUUUUGAUAGUCAACAUGCUGGUAUUUGGAAUUCACCUAGUCAAAUUAUAAGAAAUUCUUUAGAAGGUGGUCCAGUAGUUCUAUUUGAUUUAAAUAAAAAAGGACAAGGUAAUGUUGUUAUUAUUUCACCAUUUUCUCAAUUUAUGGCAACAUCAUUAAAUCAACAAGAUAAUAUAUUGCAAUAUGGUGUCAUGGGUUCUAUGAUAACUAUACCGGUUAAUUAUACUAUUGGUGGUGGUGUUAGUCAAUGGAAAUCUCGUCCUGAUGGUCUUCCAACACUAUAUCGUCAAAUGGAAACUCUUCUUAUUGAUAAUAUUAAUCAAUUGUCUCUUCCAAUAGGAAAUGAUUUAUUUCGGAUUGAUUUAUUAAGUGAAGCAGCACAUGAUUGCGGUUUAAUUAUGUAUGAACAAGAUUGGUUACAUGUUCAAUCUUCAAAAUUUAUUCCAUUACUUACUGAUAUUGAUCUUGAUCGGCAAUGGUUAAUGUCAACGAGUGAAGGAGCUGAUAAAGUUAAUAUAACUAUUCAAUAUUGUUCAUCAUUUCCUCGUUAUGCUUUACAAACUCUUGAAAUAUCACGCGUAACACAAGCACGUGUAUCAGUUGAUUAUACAAGACAUAUUGUUCAUCGAGAAGAUCAAUGGACUAUUGGAAUUUCAAGUUUAUUAUCUGAUGCUCUUGAUAUUGCUCCAUUUAAAGAUGUUUUUUGGUCGACUACAAAUGAACCUGGUUCAGCUUAUAAACCAUCACCUAUGGAACCACUUCCUGAACGAGAAAUAGUUAUAGCUAUUCUUUCAACUGGUCCUGUUAGUCCAGGUGAUGUAAUUAAUUAUACAGAUAGUAAACGUAUUACGAAAUGUUGUCAACAAGAUGGAUUAAUUUUAAAACCUGAUCGACCAAUAACUAUGAUUGAUUUAUUAAUUUCAGAUUGGUCUCAAAAUAAUGGAAAUAAACAAGGAGAACUUUAUUCAACUCAACCGACAAUAUAA